AUGGGUAACUACUCGAAAGCACUUGAAUUUUACGAAAAGGCACUUCAAAUCUUCGAAAAAGUUCUGCCUCCAAAUCAUCCUUCAUUGGCUAGUUUCUACAACAACAUUGGUGCAGCGUAUUACAACAUGGGUAACCACUCGAAAACACUUGAAUUUUACGAAAAAGCACUUAAAAUAAGAGAAAAAGCUCUGCUUCCGAAUCAUCCUGAUUGGGCUCAAUCCUACAACAACAUCGGUGGAGUGUAUAACGAUAUGGGUAACUACUCGAAAGCACUUGAGUUUUACGAAAAAGCACUUAAAAUCUUCGAAAAAGCUCUGCCUCCGAAUCAUUCUUCAUUGGCUACUUUUUACAACAACAUCGGUGGAGUGUGUCAAAACAUGGGUAACUACUCGAAAGCAUUUGAAUAUUUUGAAAAAGCACUUCAAAUCUUCGAAAAAGCUCUGCUUCCAAAUCAUCCAGAUUUGGCUCAGCCCUACAACAACAUCGGGGGAGUGUAUUGCCACAUGGGUAACUACUCGAAAGCACUUGAAUAUUUUGAAAAAACACUUCAAAUCUUCGAAAAAGCUCUGCCUCCGAAUCAUCCCUUAUUAGCUGCUUCCCACAAUAACAUCGGUGGAGUGUAUUGCCUAAUGGGUAACUACUCGAAAGCACUUGAAUAUUUAAAAAAAGCACUUCAAAUCUUCGAAAAAGCUCUGCUUCCAAAUCAUCCAGAUUUGGCUCACUCCUACUACAUCAUCGGUGGAGUGUAUUGCAGGAUGGGUAGCUAUUUGGAAGCACUUGAAUUUUUUGAAAAAGCACUUAAAAUAAGAGAAAAAACUCUGCCUCCGAAUCAUCCAGAUUUGGCUCAGUCCUACCACAUCAUCGGUAUGGUGUAUUACAGCAUGGGUGACUACUCAAAAGCAUUUUCUUUUCUGGAAAAGGUAGUUACUAUAGCACAAAAAUCACUUCCACUAACACAUCCUGAUAUUAAAACAAUGAUAGAUAGCAUUAACCGUUUAAAAAAGAUAUGAAUUUGUUCUCUUUUUGUUUGCUCAAUAAAUUUAAUUUUAUUGCUAAUCGUAGCAUCUGGCUUCUCUUGGCUCAUUAUCACGCACUGACAUGCGCCGGUAGGGUGAUUCCCGCCGGGUCUGGUAGAGUAGAAGCGAAGAGAACUGUCCCGAACUGCUGUGGCACUCUCCUUAAGUGUGACAUACACAAUGGAGGACAGGAAUCAUGCGAACCCAGUGACUUUAUGAAUACUAAAUUACUUUGUCCUCUCAGAAACGGAGGAUAUCCCUUCUCAGGGUACGAAGCCACUUGAAGGACUGUGAUGAAAAAGAAAAAUAGAUGUUAUUCUUACAAGGACAUUACUAUAACAAGAAAAAUAAAAGAUUAACUUAUGAUUAAACUUCUCUACUUCCUUGGUAUUACUCAUUUAUGCUAACAGACAAAGCACUCAACUCUUCUUUAGCGACUUAAACCAAUCUUACUAACAUCCGCAUCUCAACUACUCAUGCUCCCAAACACCCACUAAUGUCCACUUUGUGUAAUUAAUAGAAAGAAAGUCACCUUCAACAAAGGCAAUCAAAUCGACCCUCGCCACACUAACACUCACAAAUACUCAUGAUCUGUCUUUUGAUUCGAAUAUGUGCCAUCUCGGAAUUACUUUUUUUAAUAAAUUUUUUUUCUGAAAAUGUCAAAACGGCCCCAAAAACAAAAAAAAUUGCUUAACAAUCAGUAUCACAACAUUGGAUGGUAGUUGCAUUCAAUGUAUAGGGUGUGGGUGUGGGUGUGGGUGUGGGUGUGGGUGUGGGUGUGGGUGUGGUUGUGGGU